AUGCAGCCUAAAGAACUUAAAUAAAAUUUCAAAGUUUUAGAGUUUAACUACCCUGAAUUGUUUAAUAAGGCCAUGACAUUUAAACAAUAUAAUUAGGAAUAUACUGCAAGAAAUAAAGAUAAUCCAUUAAAAUAGGGCAUUAAUGAAAAUUUAAUUGAAUUAGGCUCAGAUCUUUUUGAUUUCUACUUUCAUGAUUUUUUCACAUUUCAAGAUUUACCAAAUAAAGAUCAAAACACUUUCACAUCCUACAGUGAUAUUAGAACUUAAAAGCAGUAAUUAUUGACUGAAAAGAAUUUAGCAGAAGUUGCUAUUCAAUUAGGAUUAAAAGAAAAGAUGCUUGUUUCUAUUAACCAAAAUUCUGAUUUGAAGAACAACCAAAAAAUUUAGUCUUAGUCCUUAAAGGCUCUUAUUGGCGCCUAAUAUUUUGAUAAAUAAAAAGACCUCAACCUUUUAAGGAAGCUAAUGCAACCCAUUUUUAAGGAUUUAAUCAAAAAAUCACUUGAAAAAACUAUCAAUGUUUAGAAUGAAUCUUUGAAUUUAGUCAAACAAGAAAACUUUAAGGGAGAGUUCAUAGACUUUAUGGAUAAACAUCCAGAAUAUACAUAUAAAUUGGUAUUUUAAGAAUCCUUAAAUCUAUUUGAUAAAAAUCGUAAAAUUUAUUAAUAUGAAUUAUUGAUAAAUGAUGUUUUACCAUUAAAAAGUACUGGGGAAUAAAAAAAGGCUGUUGAAGCCUAGGUAUUUAAGGAUGCCUUGUAACUUCUGAAAACUGAUGAAUUUUUAUAAUUAUUAGACGAUAGUAUGAAAAAUUAGCAAGAGAUUAUUUAACAAUCAGGAAUAUCUGAAUCUUAAGUAUAAAGCCAUAUUCAUAAUAAUUUAAAAUUUGUUCAAUAAUUAGGGCAAAUAGAGGAGAGCUUGAAAUAAAAGGAGUAAAUUAAUGAAUAAGAAGAACUAGGAAGAUUAGUUGAAUCUUAUUUAUAAAAGUUUUGAACACCAAAACAAAAAGUGAAAUAUUAAAAACGAACAUACAAUUAUAAAUAUUUUAUUAAA